AUGUUUCAAAGAGAAAAAAAUGGUAGUUCCUUAUUUCAAAGUUUUAACAGCGGUUAUAGUAAGGAAGUUACUUAUACAAAAAACCAAAUUUUUACAAGUAAAAUUCAUCAUUUGGAAAAUUUAUCUGAACAAAUCAAUGUAAUAGAAGUUAAAAAUGUGUUAGAAGAAGAACAAGAAGCAUUUCACAGUAAACCUUAUGAUUUUAACAUUCCAGAUGAUAUUAACGAUUUUAUUAAUGGUUCAGGUAGUAAAAGUCAUUCAUCAAUAACAAGCAUUAGGAAUAGCGUUAGUAACAAGUUUAAAGAAAUAUUUAAAUUACAAAAAAAUUCAAAUGAAGAUAUUCAAAGUAAUUCGAAAGGAAAAGCUAAACAGCAGAAUAAUGAUAAUGAUGUAUAA